CCAGUGGCCAACUGGCGAGGCGACGUCGAACGAUUACACCCGCCCGAGCCUCCAUUCCGUACCGGUAUCGCCGCGCCAGCGCUCGCAACCAGACACUUAACUGACUCUCAUUACUAAACGCAUAUCCUCUAAACAAGCGACCUUAUGACUCGCCAGCCAUAAGCGAUGAGGUCCCACCUGUCACCCCGGGGUGCUACGCUCCAUUGUUUGACAAUGCGGAAAGCGGGGGACGCGCCGUGCAUCACAAUUAGCAAAGAGAGUUUCGGCGACAUGUGAAUACAAAGUCGUCGUCGAUAUAGUGGCACUCGAAGAAAUUACAGACGUCCAAGGACUCGAGGACGAACGUGACGCUACCAACAUAACUUCAGCAGUCGAUACCAAAAAGAAAUUCGUCGCGGAUUAUAUCGGACGCGGGCGCAUUUUUGUGGAACAGUGUUUGUUAUGCACCACCGUGCCUGAAAGUUAGCGAAAUUUUGGCAGCGAUACUGCAAGAGCGACGCCCGCGCAGCUGACCUGUAAUCAGCCUAUACAUCUCGCGAUGAUCGCAGGAAUAGAACCUUUACUUGAACAGUGUGAUUGAUAGUGAACGACAGUUCUGCAAGGACGAUAUUUGGUGUGGUGCGCUGAUGAACAUUUAUUCCUUCGAAACAGUUGUGAUAUUGAGGUAGGCGAUGGAUGCAUCAGUUCCUCGAGUGAUACUUAGCAUAGCAUUAGCGGCUUUGCUGCCGAUGGCUUCGCUGAACAGCCAGGAUGGCGUGGCCAAGGAGGAUAUUCCUCACUCGCGACAGAAGAGGAUACUCUGGAUCACGAAUGACGGUCGGUUGGCGUUGCCUCCGGGUACUACAAUGACUAUCACGCCGUCCAUAUCGAUGCCAUUCGUAAGGCAUCCACCGCCAGGAUUCUUGUCUAAUAUGACUGUCAGUUUUCCGUUUACAAUUGACUUUGACAAACUUGGCUUGACGGACAAUGAAAAUCCAUACGGAGCAUUUCCACCCAUCUUGGCCCGAUCUAUGGGUAGAGCGGCGGUUUCCAUGAUGGCUGAUUAUGUUGGACAAUACUUAGAUCGGAGACGAGGCAAACGGUCUACUGAUAGCAACAUUGCUCCAGAGGUUGAAAAGGAAAUACAGGAUCGGUUACACGGAGGUGAAAGAGCAAUUUUGUACGGCAUGGCUGAGGAUCUAUUCGAAAACUUUGGACUAUCAGGCAAAGAAUGUCUGCUGCGUGCUAUUUGUGAAAUACAAUCACACCCGCUCACAAACUUUGGUUUGUUCGGGGAAAUGAUGAAGUUGUUCUUUACACCCAGCAAAUCACCGUACGCGAAUCUCCUAGAAGAAUACGUAGAAGCCCAAAAGGCUGGCGAAGGGAACGGCGAAUGUUGGCCUUAUUACAGAUUAUGUCCCAAGAGCAUUUUCCAAUCUAGCAACAAAUAUUCGCAAGACGCAGAAGACGUGCACAGACGACAAGAACACGAAAACGACGUCGAAAACAAAAUAGAAGAUACGCAGGCAAUGUAGGCCAGCAGUGAUGUCACUGAAACUUGGGCUCGUAGAGCCAGCAACAGAAUCCCAAAUGUAGUGGUAGUUCCGACCAAAGCUCUUUGUAAUUAGACUUGUACUAAAGUUUAUUUAUUUUUACAUCUAAGUGCCAUUUCAUUCAAGGCUGCGGAGACACAUGGUGAUCAAGAACUUUAUAACUAUUAAAACUGCGUUUUGUGCACUUUAUGAUUAUGAUCAAUAGGUAAAAUGUGCGCGUAGUUUUGUUUGUUGAGUUUCCGUCAGUACUACUAGGUGUCUCCGCGCGCUUUUAAUUUGUUUAGUUAAAUAAUUUUGAUUUUCUUUUGAAUUUCUUUAGAUUUUAAUUGUAUCCCUAAUUUUUUUAAUUAUUUUUAUUUUACUUAUAAAUGUUAUUUUGCUCAUCUUUGUUGUCACUGUUGUGUUAAUUUAAGAAACACGUGAGUCUAAAGUAGCUAGUGAUUUUGUAAAUUGUAAUGUAUUUAUAGUAGUUAAGUAAUAUAACUUAUUAUUCUAA